AUGUGGCUCGUUAUAGGUAUUUUAGCGUUGUUAGCUUCGUCAUUAACGGAUGCUUAUGGAGUCAAAGGUGGCUCAAGAAUUGUACAGGACCCAGCAGGUUUGCAAGGUAUUUCGCAGCCACAUAUUCACGUAGGGAAAGGAGGAGGAUCGUCUAAAUUGCACCACACGGCAGUAAUUCAAGAUCCUGUUUCCCAAGAUCAAGUUCUGGUGGAAAAAGUCUCUUCAUUAGGGCCUUCCUCCGCUCAAUUCACUCUUUCCGAUGCCCAGAUUCCUUCAUUUGGACAACGUAGGUUAUAUCGGGUUGGACAAUCCCAAGUGCCCUAUGGACUGAUGGGAUCAGAUUAUUACUCUUACCCAAGGAAUCUCCUAACUUCUGGCAGGCUUUUGAGGAGAAAGACGGUGUCAUCGAACAACCUAUCUGGUCUUCGGAGCAUUGCAGAUCCAAGUCUCUCCCAAUUUCAAAUUGGAGACGCACAGAUUAAAACACCUGUUUUCGGAAGCAGGAGAAAUCUAUACCGCUCAGGAGCAUCUUCAGUGCCAUAUGGACUCAUGGGAUUAGAUUAUUAUUCAUAUCCCAAGCAAUUGUUAACUCGAAGAAUCCUUGGUGAUGGUUUAAGCCAAACUAGAAUAUUGCCCGGAGGUUCAGCAUUCACUGCUGGUGAUUCUCAGCUUAGAGGCGGACUUGAUGGUAUUGGACAAGAAAAAGUGACUAUUUUGCAACCUUCACUUGGAGGUCCAACAGUUAUACAACAACAGCAAGUAGUUCCGCAGCAAGUUUCAGUCCUUGAUGAAGCACUUGGAGAUGGUUUUGGUCAGAGACAAGUAGCUGCUAUUACUGGAGGGUCAGGAUUCGGACAAAGACAAGUAAUCAAAACUGUUGCUAGACCAGCAGGUCUUAGAGGAGGUCAAAUUAUUUUAAGGGGUACUCCAGGUGCAGGAAUAAGGAGAGUUGUAUCUCGACCAGUUGUUCAAACUAGUCCCAUCAAUCAACUUCUUGUCGAUGGUACAUCACAGCUUGGAGCUCCCAUUGGUGGUUUUGGUCAAAGACAAGCACCAGUGAUUUUGACACAAGCAAGUCCAGUUGUACAAGCUGUUAAAGCUCCAGUAUCUGUCGUAUCUGCUCCUAUCAGAAGGCGCAUAGUAAGACCCGGAGAUGCUUUCCUGUCUCAAGUUUCUCGGCCAAGAAUAGCUCAAAGGAGAGUCGCAACAGUUGCAAGACCCAUUGUACCUGUUUCUCAGCAAAGAGUCUCGGUUGUACCAACUACUUCCGUUUUCGGGGACUCAGGACUCGGAGCAGGAAACAUUCAGUUUACUCUAGGAAACAACCAGUUAGUUGGAGGACCGAUUGUAGCUCAAAGACCAGUUGUUGCAGUUUCCAGACCAGAAGUUAUAUCUCAGGUACGCUCCGAUGCUGGAAUAAUUGGAAAUAGAUUAUUUGGAAGACGAAUUCCGCAAAUGUAUUACGUUGAUGGAGGACAUCGAUUUCCCGGUAUUGAUAUCAUUGGAGGCAGCCGUAUUGGUGAUCCACGAUUCAACUAUCUCCAGUUACCAAUAAGUACUCGAAGCUUUUCAGACCUGGGCAGACGCGUGGUAUUAACUAAAACAAGUCCUUCGAAAAUUGGGGGAUUCUCUGGAUUAUCCGGACUUGCUGGUAUUGGUCAGACAUCGCCAGUUGUCUCUCAGGAAGAAGUGAUAGGACCAGCAGGAGAUAGGCAAGUUAUUACUACAGUAACAAAAUCCGGACCAUCUAAAAUUGGAGGACCAGUUAUUGGUGGAUUAGGAGGUGGAUUAUCAGGAAUCGGAGGACUAGGAGGACCAGCUACUGUUACACAACAGGAAGUUAUUGGACCCGCAGGAGACAGUCAAUUAGUCACGACUGUAACUAAAUCAGGACCAUCUAAAAUUGGAGGACCAGUAAUUGGUGGAUUUGGAGGUGGUCUAUCAGGAAUCGGAGGACUAGGAGGACCAGCUACUGUUACACAACAGGAAGUUAUUGGACCCGCAGGGGACAGUCAAUUAGUCACGACUGUAACUAAAUCUGGACCGUCUAAAAUCGGAGGACCAGUUACUGGUGGAUUAGGGGGUGGAUUAUCAGGAAUUGGAGGACUAGGCGGACCAGCCACUGUUACUCAACAAGAAGUUAUUGGACCCGCAGGAGACAGUCAAUUAGUCACGACGGUUACGAAAUCUGGACCGUCGAAAAUCGGAGGGCCAGUCAUUGGGGGAUUAGGUGGCAUAGGGCAACAAGGCAAGUUAGUCACACAAGAGGAAGUCAUUGGACCCGCUGGUGAUAGGCAGUUAGUUACAACAGUAACAAAAACUUCUCCUUCUAAAAUUGGUGGAGCAGCUGCUGGCGGAUUGUCUGGAAUAACAGGACUAGGUGGACCUGCUACUAUCACUCAGGAAGAAGUAAUUGGGCCGGCAGGAGACAGUCAACUAGUGACGACAGUAACCAAAUCAGGGCCAUCUAAAAUAGGAGGCCCAGUCAUUGGUGGUUUGGGAGGUAUCGGACAGACAAAUCAAGUAGUCACUCAAGAAGAAGUCAUCGGACCAGCAGGGGACAGCCAGUUGAUUACCACUGUUACAAAGUCAGGACCAUCUAAGAUUGGAGGACCAGUGUUAGGUGGAUUAUCCGGAAUUUCUGGUUUAGGUGCAUCUACAACCAAAACUAUAACACAGGAAGAAGUCAUUGGGCCAGCAGGUGACUCGCAAUUACUUACAACAGUCACAAAAUCUAGCCCGUCAAAGAUCGGAGGCCCUGUUAUUGCAGGUCCUUUAGGAUUAACGGGUGUGGGGCAAGGAUCACCUAGUGUUGUGACCCAGGAAGAAGUUGUCGGACCAGCUGGAGAUGUUCAAACAGUAACCACCAUUACCAAAGCCGCGCAAGAUCCUCUUCUUAGCCAGUCUAAGAUAGGCGGAGCUGCUCUGGGUAGCCCCUUCGGUGCAUCUAGCGCAGGUGUUAUCCAACAAGAGUUUGUUGAUCCUAGCAGUUCACUAGCCAACGACAUUAUACAAAGCCCGAUUGGAGCAGCUUUAGCACAAGAAGCUGGAAUUAUCGCGUCACCCCUCAGUCAAAGCAACCUGUUUGAUCCAGCCUCAUCUGUGCAGACGUCUGUCGAUGAUGUCAUUGCCCAAAAUCCAUUCUCUAGUGACAUUACACAAGUUAAGGAGACCACCAUUACAAAGCCAGGCGGAAUACAGUUUACACCAGUAGGCCCAGUAGCCGUCGGUGGACAAGUCACGAAAGUGACUGAAGUAACUCAACCCAUCUCACAACAACCUAUUUCUCAACAAAGCAUAUCUAGUGAUUUCGGUCUUGGUGAUUAUCUACCUAGGGUGUCUUUUCUCUCACAAUAUCCCUAUGACGUCCCAGGCCGUUCGCUCUUAAGGUCAGUCCUCACGAGGCCAAUAGUUCAAGAGCAGCAGCAGUUAGAACAAAUAUUAGUGUGAUAAAAAUGCAAUGAACAAUCAGUACUUCUGGCUGCUUAGCAUGUGUUUUCAGAAUGGACAGUCAAAUUGUUUGUGAUCAACGUAUAUAUAUAUAGAUAUUUGUAAGUGUAUGUCGUUUAUCAUUAGUAGAGUUUUAGUUUUGUUGAUAUUUUUUGUUAUCAAUGUCAUUUUGAA